UUAGGGAGGGGGCUUUUGAAACAAGAUCGUUCAAAAACAUAUCCCAUGGAGAUUGUUAGUUUCGUUUUCCUUGUCGAAAGCCCUUGAGUGCGAAGUUUGUUGAUAUUUGUGGUCUUGAAAACCAAGCAUUUUACAAUGUCGAAUAAUUGAUCAUUAGAGGGAAUGUCUACUUGCGAGUUAAGUUGUGUAUCUAUAAUCACAACAAGACAUCAUGAAUGAGCAGCAGAGAUUUUUACUAAUCUCAAACAAAAAGAAUAUUGGUGAUGACCUCAGGCCAGAGGAUGUGUUUAGUUAUCUUCAAAGCAAGAUAGUUCUGGAUUUGGAUGAAGUUGAACUUGUGAAAACUGAGAAAACAAGUAGACGAAGAACGGAGAGAUUGCUAAAUACAUUAUUGGAUAAAGGAAGCUCAGCAUUUGUCUAUUUUCAUGAUGCAUUGAUUGAUGCUGGUUAUGAGCAUUUAGCUGAGUUACUUUCAUCUGGCAUUGAUGAAAAUGAUGCAGUACCUGGAUCCGAUGAUGAAGAAGAGGGCUAUUUCUCAGUUGAAGCGAUUCUAAGAGAUGGAGGGGUUCCACAAAGACCUGCUGUCCAUGCAAAACGGCCGAAGGAAAUUGAAAAACUGAAGAAUGCUCUUAGCAAGCUAAAAAAUGGUGAUGGAUGGGUGUUACUGCAUGGAAUGGCGGGAUCUGGCAAGACUGUCUUGGCUUCUGAAGUUUUAACUGACAAAGACCUUCUUCAUGACUGCUUCCCAGGUGGAGUAUUCUGGGUGUCAAUUGGUGUUGUGGAUGCUGCAAGGUUGCUGAUGAAGAUGCAGAAUCUGUGUGCUAGACUAGAUUCUGAGAAUACUCAUCGUGUGCCUAGAAACUUAGAAGAGGCAAGAGAUAGGAUAAGGAUUCUGUUUGCACAUGAUCAUCCAAGGUCAUUGUUGGUUCUAGAUGAUCUCUGGACAAAAGAGGAUGCAAGGUAUUUUGAUGUUAGAGCGAGAACACUUGCAACAAGCAGAAAUGUUUUUGUAGCAGAAAAUAUCACAGGCAAUGUCCUGAAAGUGCAUAUUGAGGAAGGACUUACUGAGGAUCAAUCGAAGUCUGUGUUAUCUCAAUGGGUUCAUUCCGAUGCCUCUACUUUGCCAGUUGAAGCAGCAGGGUUGAUAAACGCCUGCCAGGGCUCUCCCUUGGCCAUUUCUAUGAUCGGUGCACUGUUGAAAGCGCAUUCUAAUAGAUGGGAAUACUACCUUAAGCAACUACAAGAUCAUAAAGUGAGCAAAUUAAAAUCGAAAUUGGCCUACGAGUAUCCAACUUUAUGUGAUGCCAUCGCAAUAAGUGUAAGCAGCUUGCCAGAUAAAGUUAAGCGAAAAUAUGAAUACUUUGCCAUAUUCGAGGAAGACAGCAGAAUUCCUGCGAAAGUCCUUGGUCUUCUUUGGGGCGAAGAUGAAAUCGAGGCUGAGGAUACUAUGGAUGAGCUGAUCUCCAGGUCUCUUGCGAAACGACAUCCUGCGACGACAGAUGUCUCGUAUGAAACAUACAGUGUGCACGAUUUGCAACUGGACUUUUUGAAGGAGAGCCGGACUGCAUCGCAUAGUGGCCCAACAUUGGCCGACUUCCAUAAGGAGCUAGUCGAAAAAUACUCCGAAAAAUUCAAUGGUGACUUCGCUGCGAUUCCUAAUGAUGGUUAUGUUUACUGGAAUAUCAUAAACCACUUGAUCGAAGCUAAAAUGGUGGACAAAGCAGUUGAGCUGCUGCUCUCGUUUAAGUGGAUUGAAGAAAAAUUACGAGCUACUGGUGCUCCUGAUUUGAUCAACAGCUACCAUAAAAUCAUAAAGUUGGUCCAAGAUGAUGUGAAAAAUGAACUGCUGGAUUACGUUCACUUUGUUGGCAUCAACUCCUAUCUGUUAUCAACGCCUGGAAACCAAGAAUAUGGCCUAAUUCAACUUGCAUUAGCGCAACCCUUUGCAUCGAGGGUACAUGCCAAAGCCUUGUCAAUUGUUUCAAGUGGAUCUGAAAAGAAGAAAUUUUAUGUUGGAUGGUGCAAUAAACCAGACGAGUCGUCAGAAACCUGCCUUUUAACUGUCAAACAUCAUUCAGGACCUGUUCUUUGUUGUCAUUGGGCUCAGGAUGGUUCAGAUCGGAUUGCGUCAUGCGGUGGUGAUGCCGUAAUAAAGAUCUGGAAUGCUUGUUCGGGCCAAGUUUUGCUCACGUUGACUGGACACACGGAUACAGUUCACUGCUGCCAGUUUUCCCCUGACUCAAAAAAGAUCCUCUCGUCAUCAGCUGACAAAAGUGUCAAACUUUGGGAUUCUGCGACUGGAAAGCCUUUGGUAACCCUUAAAGGCCAUACUGGAGAUGUUAAUUGCUGCAUGUUCAACCCGGUGAACCAGGGGGUAAUUGCUACAUGCGCAACAGAUGCCACUUUGAGGCUCUGGGAUAUUGUUGAUGGCAACCUGCUCCGGACGCUGGAGGGACACGUAGACUCAAUCAACUGGUGUUGUUUUUCGCCGGAUGGAAAUAGAAUUGCUUCUGCGUCGAAUGAUAAAUGUGUCAAGAUAUGGAGCGUUGAUGAUGGUGCAUGUCUGUUCACUUGUUGCGGUGAUAGAGAUUUCAUUUCAUAUUGUGUUUACAAUCCUUCUGGCAAAGAAAUUAUCGCCACAAGCCAACACUAUCUACAGUUUCUAGAUGCAGAGACUGGAAAUCCGCUAAAGACCAUACAAACCAUGUGUUCAGUCUUGUCGAUUGCGUUUUCUCCCGAUGGCAAAUAUCUUGUAGGAACAAGCGCCGAUUCAACGGCUCAGCUGUGGAUUGUUGAAGCUGAAGUUUGCGUGGGAGUCUUCAGAGGACAUUCUGGCUGGCUUCAUAGUGUGUGCUUUUCUCCGCACCCAAGUAAAAGAAUUGUCACUGCAUCAGCAGAUGAAACUUGUAAAGUUUGGAAAGUGGAACCCGUUCAAGAUCGUCCUGUGAAGCUUCGGAAGGUUUUUGAUUCCAAACUCGCGGGCGUGCUUAGGCCUCUAAUUGCCGCUGCCAACACAAACCACGAGCUCCAGUUAAUAGAUGGGACAGACGGCACCUUGCUCCGAAGAAGUGAUUCCUUGGGCGCCAAAAUAACAGCAUGUAAAUUUGCAGUCAAUGGGGAUGUUGUCAUUGUUGGUCUUAAAACUGGCGAUAUCAAGUUAAUCCGUACUGAGGAUUGCAAUGUGGUCUUAACUGUCACGGCUGGGUCUUCGGCUAUAACAGACUGUGCAGUGAGUGCUGAUGGCAAAAUGUUUGUCACUUGUUCAAGAGACAGUACGGUUAAAGUUUGGAGCUUCGAAGAUCCAGAUCUUGCUGUAGAGUGCCACGGGCACACUGGUGAAGUCACAAAGUGCGUUUUCUAUCACCACCACCGCCAUUUUGCAACAUCGUCAUAUGAUGGCACAGUUAAGGUUUGGGAUUUGGACAAAGGCAGCUGCUUAUUUACAUGUCAUCAUAAUGAUAAUAACACAGUCCUAUCCUGUUCAGUUUCACCUGAUGAUAAGAUGGUUGUGUCAACCUCAGCCGGGUCCACAGGCAAGCUUUGGAAUGCAGAAACAGGGAAACUUUUGCAUACCUUAACAGGACAUUCUGACUGUGUGAGAUGUGCCUCUUUUUCACCUGAUAAUACUUUGGUAGUUACUGGCUCUGAUGACAGUACCAUCAAGAUUUGGGAUACACGUUUAGGACAAAAUCUAGCAACAUGUGAAGGACAUAAGGUUUGGGUGACAGAUGUACAAUUUUCAUCCAGUGGCGACUCGUUUGUUUCAGUAAGCAGUGAUAUCAAGUGGUGGAAAAGAGAUGGCACGCUUCUUCAAACGUUCUUAGUCAGAGGGAACUACCUACGACUUAUAGAAGUGUCAAAUGACUUUAAAAAAUUCAUUACUAUAGAUGAUACCGGACAAAUGUACAUCUUAGGUGCUAUUUAAUUUGAGUUGGAGCAGUAUACAUGGAUUUGCAAAGCAAUUUUUAUCUUUAAAACAAUACUGUCUGCUGCCAAAGAUAUUUAAUCAGAGACUGUUGUGCAUUUUUGAGAGGGUGGCCUAUGUUUUCUUGUAUUUUGCUCAAUAUUUCCCAGUCUUUGAAGUUUUGAAACUCUUGAUCAAUCUGAUUAAUGCUGAACAAAUCUUGCUGUGAUUAUAGGCUAAUUGGUUAUUUUCCUUUUAUUUAGCUCACUCUCUAGGUAUUGCUCACAAGUUGUCUUUCUAGGUAUUGCUCACGAGUUAAUAUCUGAUUCUUAGUUUUUGUGACACGUUUUGUGAUUCUUAGUCAUCAGAAGCUGAGCCCCCCUUGUUAAUGCCGAAAAGUGGCAUCUUCUACUUUUGCCAUUGUUUUUCACAACAUUUUGUGCAAGAGUCCCCCUUGUUAUUUUGAUAACACGACACCACUAGUCAAAAGCUAAUCACUUUCGCGUAUCUCGCAAAUCUUUUUCGACAAAGUUUUGAUACGACGCCUCGAUAUACUUUAGACAUGUUUUAUUAUGGAGUAUUUUUUGGAACAAUUGUCAGUAUGACUAAAAGUUUAUUCAAGGAACGAACGAAAAUAGGGUUGACUUGGUUAUAUAGUUCGUACCAUUAACCUCUCUAAUAAAAAGUUUGGAAUGUUGUACAGUAAUAUGAAAAUAACCUAAAUAUUGUGAAAUUGAGAAAAAAAUUUUCGAUUCUUUUAUGCUAAAACUCAAAUGCAAUCGUUUAAUAUCAACAAUGACUUAGUAAAAAUAUUUUGAUAGAUAGAUCGUAAAAUAAUUGCAUUGUUUCUGCCAUGAAUGUACAAUAAGUAAAUGUUUCUGCAUUGCGUUUAAAGUCCUUGAACAAAUGAACCGAAUGUAUCAAGCGAAACACGCCAAUAGCAGUAGAAGGUGAGUGUCCACCGUUUGGGAGAAUAGCUCAGUGGUUAGGGGCGCUGACUACAGAUCGAAGGGUCUAGAGUCUGAGUCACUGACAACACCAAACUCUUAGAGUGGGGGGAGUCCCCAGCUCUCUGUCUUUCCAGACGUAGGACUCACGAGGUGAGGUCAUAUCGAGAGGGAGGAUCAGGACGCUGCUCCAUAAGCAAAUGUUCUCAGUGUUCUAAAAACUACCUUCGGGUGUUAGGCAGUAACAAAUACAAAAAGUGAGGAUAGAUGGAUUAGCUUAUCCGCGAAAUUUCAUUAUGGCUCUGAUAGCACAACUUAAAGAUUUAUUUUUUGGUUUUAUGGCGAACUUCAACAGCACGGUUUUAUCAAGUAUUUCUAUAGAAGAAGUAGUUUUCAAUGCACGGUUCACCAUAACUAGCUAAUCAUAACUGCUCAUUGAGUAUCAGAAGAUCUCUAUUUUUUAGUACAAUGAUCUUUUAGACCUUAGGAGUGCUAUCUAUCGCGAUGCGACAACCACCGCCCCCCCCCCUAAUAUUUCUUUGUCCUUCGGUAAAUUUUGCUUCCGGUAAAAUACAUUUUUUGGCUAUCAGUAGCAACAAAAUAACGCCAGAUUUUACUUUAUUUUUUAUCUUCUUAACCCUAAAGUCAAAAACUGAAUUUUGAAAAUGGGUAUUCAAUUAUUCUCCAGCAACCUGAAGGGUGUGGCACCAAAAUCCAGUUAGUGUCAGAGAGAGAGAGAGACAGAGAGAGAGACAGGGAGAGAGAGACAGAGAGAGAGAGAGAGAGACACAGAGAGAGAGAGCCUCUCUCUCUGUCUCUCUGACAACCUCUUAGAUAGCUGUUUCUUGAGAGCUUUUUUAAGUGCAGGAUAUUGAUAGGGUAUGAUACAUCAACUAGAAUAACUCAAAAGAUAUACGUUAUUGUAAAAUGUCUAUGUCCACUUUAGUUUAAUCAGUUCUGAAUAAGGAACUUUACCACAUUUGAAAUAAAGCUUUUUUGGUGCAUUUCGUAUUUCAUUACAGACCAAAAAAUGCAAGUAGAAGCAUAGUAACAAGCGUGUAAGUAAAGCCCACUUUCCCUGGUGCACUUGACGCCGUCUUCUGUGUUGUACAUAUCUGGGGAGUGGCUGUUGGUUGCUUUGUAUUCGCUUUCGCCAAUGCCAGUACGUUCGGUAGCGUGU